AUGGUACCAGGACGACGUCGAUGCGCACAUACAUUUCCAAUGGGUCCAAAUAAAUUACCAUGGCAUUUUCAUCAUUUACGUCAAACAGAAAAUACAGCUCAUAAAAAAUCUAAUGCUGAUGGUUCAAUGAAAUCAUUAACUUCUAAAAGAGAGAAAAAAGAAGCAAUUAUUUGGGGACCAACUGGUGUUGAACCAUGGAGUGCAUCGAUGAUUACUGGUAUUGAUUGGAAAUCUUUAACUAUUCCAGCAUCACUUCCAACAACAUUUGAUGUUGUACCAUCUGCUGAAGAAUUAAAUCGUGAUUAUACACAUAAUUCAUAUACAUUAAUUCAUGCUUUACCAUCACAAGAUGAAUAUGAUCGAAAGAUAAAACAUAUGUUCAAUGCAAGUAAUAAUUAUGAUAAUAUGGAACGUCAAAGAAUAACUUUUGAUGAAUUAAUUGAUCAACGAUUAUCACAAGGUUUUCAAAUGAUUGUUGAAAUUCCUGCACAUAUUCAUCAAAAAAUGAUUGAUUCAAUUCGACGAGCUGGUUGUAAAGAAACUGAAUAUAAUCGUUUAUUAAGUAUUGGUAGAAUAUAUCAUACGUUAAGUCUUGUAACAGAAGAAAGUCAAUAA